AUGCCCAUGUCGGAACCACCACUGUCGGACGCACUGGCAGGCCCCCCGCUGGAGCAGUCGCCGUCGCAAUUACAGCCUACACCACUGACCGAGUCGCGCCGGCUGAUCAGUCAAGUCAAGCAAAUGCUGGGUCUCACGGGGUCGGGUCACGCUGAAGCUGACGAUCCCCAAUUGCCCGAGCUCCUCCCCAAGCUCCCCAACCUGGACCUGGACCUGGAUCUGGGCCUGGAGCUGCCGGCCGAUCUGUGUGCGCCCAUCGAGUUUGCAUUGCCGCUUCAGUGUACACCUACAAAACUAGGCACCACUCAUCCAUUGCUAGCAAGCUCGGCGGGUGCUGCCGAUCCGCAUCUCCUCCACCAGGACCACCAAAACACCAACAAGACCACCAAUCUCGACGACGCCACGACCGCCGCUACUUCCGCUUCUGCCGCUGCCAUCUCGUCAACAACACAGCCGACCUCAGCAGCAACGCCAUCGCUCCUCGUCUCCCAGGGCGCCCUUUUGCUGCCAGCCGACGACGACCAUCCCGGCCCCGGCCCCUCCUCCAAUUACCGCGGCUCCUCUGCUUCUGCCGUCCUCGACGAUCCCUUCUUCUGCCGACCUGUGGGCGCGCCCAAUACCCAUACCACAGACACUGCCACCACGCCUGAUUUCCAUCCUAGUCUGAUUCUCAGUCAGACACCCAGUCCGGGUCCGGGUCCUGUUCCCAGUCCCCAGUCUGAGUCGACUUAUAGCUAUAAUCGCAAUGAUCCGCACCGACCGUGGCCUCCGCCUCGCAAAGAGUCUCUGAGAGUCGACAGCCCAACGCCGUGGUUCGAUCAAUCGCGAUCGAGACGUGCCAUGGCAUCCAUACACAUUGCCGUUAUUGGCGCCUACGGCGCGGGCAAAUCCUCCUUUGUCCAGCGCGCGUUCCGUCUGCAACGACCGCCCGAGCUAAACAUCUCGACCUUGCGCAUGGAAAUCCAUGGCACCAGAUACCUCGUCACCCUCGUAGAACUUGACCUUGACGGCUUCAAAGACCUUGACCCCGGCCAGUCCAUACAAUGGCCCAAGCAAAUAGACGGCCACAUGUUCCCCCACAUGCCCGACGGCGCCCUGAUUCUGUACGACGUCACCAACACGGACAGCAUCAACGAUCUCUCCCCAACCAUGACUUCCCUGGCCAACUCCUCCCUACCAACCAUACUCGUCGCGACGAAAUGUGAUACCCCUGCGAGCAUACGCCAGGUGGAUAUGAACGCCGUAGCACACAGCUUUCCCUCGUGUGUUGCCCAUCUGAGGAUCUCGUCCGAUAUUCCCGGCGGCGCUCGUGAAGCCCUCUUGACCAUGAUCGACGCCAUCCUGGCCAACAGAAGAGGCACGCUACGUACACCAGGGAUACGAUUGGAGAAAGGGUCGGAGACCUUCAUGGAUUUUGAAGAGUUGGAUCUGGAAAGCCACCGCUUGUCGGACGAUGUAGCCACAAUGGCUCGCAAUCAGGAUUAUCUGGAAGACGAGGCCCCUAAACUUGCCGGCGUCACCUUCGAUGAGCUUAUCGACAGGAUUAUAGCUCCAAAGAUGACAAGGGCGGACAACAACUUUGCCGACAUUUUUCUGUGCUUGUAUAGAAAGUUCGCUACGCCAUGCGAGCUUAUGAGCGCGCUCCUUUCGCGGCUGGACCGUUUAAGGGACGACACGGACAUGCCGUCUUUGCUGAGCAUCGAAAGCCAGAUGCGCGUCAUUGAGGUUGUUGCGAAAUGGCUGUCCCUUUACCCCGGAGACUUUGCCCGAACAGCAACGAGGAGGAGAUUGGAAGGACUAAUAAGCGACUUGGCAACGAACGAAGUCUUUUCCGCAGCAGCCCGGCAGAUGAAGGGGAACCUGGAGCAAAAGGUGAUGGACGACGAUGAUACCUGGUGGGCAAAAGCGGACCCGGUCGACGACGAAGAUGACGAGGAGGCUGGUAGGGACGUAGAGCGGAAACUCGCCGAGUCUGUGGCUUCAGUGCAGAUUGACGAGUCGGGCGGGUAUGAUCCUCGACGUCCAUCACACAGUUCAGAGCUCUCGGGUGCUGAUCCGACUGCGAAAUUCACCUACCAUUCCAUCGAAGACUACGAGCGCGAAGCCGCGGCCUUGGUACCCUCUCCCGUCUUACCGCCGAACAAGAUCCGUUAUCACAGCUUCAUGGACAUCGAUCCCGACAUAAUCGCCGACGAGAUUACGCGCAUUGAUUGGAUUAUGUUCAGCUCCAUCCGCAUCCGCGACAUGGUGCGCCACGUUAGUCUGCCCGCCGACCAGAAGGAGAAAUGCCGCAGUCUCAAGAACGUCAAUCGCAUGGUCUCCCACUUCAACCACAUAGCCCAAUGGGUGUCCAACAUGAUCCUCAUCCGUGACAAAGCCAAACAUCGCGCACCCUGCCUAGAACGGUUCAUGGUCAUCGCCCAGCGCUUGCGCACGCUGAACAACUACAACGGCCUGGCCGCCGUAUUGGCCGGUAUCAACGGCACCGCCAUCCACCGACUCGCGCAGACGCGAAAUUUGGUUUCGGCCGACGUACAGAAGCGGUUCGCUCGGCUGGUCCUGCUCAUGGGCACGCAAAAGAGCCACUUUGCUUACCGGCUGGCCUGGGAGAACACGCCGCUACCGAGGAUUCCGUUCAUCCCCCUGCACAGACGUGAUCUUGUCUCGGCAGAGGAAGGAAGCAGGACAUUCGUGGGGCCGAAUAAUGAUCGGAUUAAUUGGAAGAAAUAUGAGGUGCUCGGGGAGGUGUUGCUGCCCAUAAUGAGGAGUCAGGGACAGCCAUAUCCGAACUUGACCAAGCACGAGCCUAGUAGGGAGUUGAUACUUGAUAUGAAGAUGCCGACGGACGAAGAGGAUAUCUACCAGCGCAGCGUACAAGUAGAGCCGUCAACAGGUGGCGAGUCAACUACCAGGAAGAAAUUCGCUUGGCUCGUAAACAAAUCUUAAUUCGGAUCGUGGACGGAGGAAGGAAGGAAGGAAGAGCAAGGCGUUGUGGAUGAGCCAGAAUCCCAGCAGGGUUAUGUAAUACCAAAGGCGUGAAGGGAAACAGGUCGGCAGGAUGGAAGGAUGAGUGGGUGGGUGGGCGGACGGAAGGAUGGAUGGAUAGCAGGGAUAUCAAUGGGGUUGGGGAAAGG